ACUUUAUUUUUGACUAAUGUACUCGUAUCAAUAUAUAAUAAAUGAUUUUUUUUUUAAUGUUUAUUUUCUUAAGAAUUAAUAAUUAAUUUAAGGUUUGACACAGUGAUUAUUUACAGAUUUUAUUAAUUGUUAAAUAAAUUAUAAUUAUUAGAAAACAUUAAAUAAUGCAACGAGAAGAUAAACAAUUAGAAUUGGUGCUUGAAAAUUUUCAUAGUAAAUUAAAUGAGUUUAAAGCUCAAAUAUAUGCGUUAAUAUAUAAAUUAGAACAUGAACGUGAUAAUAUAAGUUGGACUAGUGUUCUAGACACUUUUGCAGUAUUUUCUACUCAAUACACUGCAAUUAUGAAAUAUCUUUCAUAUGAAAAACUUCCACAGCUUCGUAAUUAUACAAUUUUACCUUUGAUGUUAAAUCCUGAAAGAGAUGAAGACUUAGCACGUCUUACCGAAAAUCGAGUACCAGCUUUGUCACAUGAUAUUGUGCCAGAUUUUUUACGUACUAAAACUGAACCAGAAGUUGAACAUAAGCUUAUGCAGGUAGAACAUAAAGCUGGUGGAUUACAGAAUGAGACCGCUUUAAAACAGUUGACGGCAUUCAAUAAAGUUGUUAAUCAUGUACUUGACUUAGUGUCAAAGGCUAGAGAAGAAUGGGAAGUAGAAACUGGUGCAAGAGUUGGAGUUGGUCUAACUUCAUCUGUAGCUGAUUUGCAUACUUUAGUAUCAGCUGUUAGUAUGGGAAAAAAUCUUAAACCUAUGGUACCUCAAGUUUCCCCAGGUGGUAUGAUGGUUCCACCUUCAGGGAGACCGGUAACACCAGGAAUGGGUCCAAAUACACCACCAAUGGGUAUAAUGCCAAAGCCUCCUCCAGGAAUGAAAGCUAAUGUUAAAACUACAGGAGCACCACAUCAGUAUCGUUAAAAUAUUAUAUUUUUCAGAUAUUAAAAAGUGAAAUGUUUCAUUUGUUUAUAGUACAAUUAAUUUUUUUCUUAUUUCUUUUUUUUUUUUAAAUGGUGAUUCUUUUUUAUAUAUUGUUACUAUCAAUAUUGUGUAAAAAUAUAUUAGUUCUAAGAUACUCCUUUUUAAUUAGAAAUAUUAUAAUAUAUUUUAUCUUUCAAAUAACAAUAAUGUAAUAAAAUAUUUACUUUUACUUAUUUUAUUUAACUAAUUUGUAUUUUUAAUAAUAAAAAUGAAUAUAAUUUUUUUUUUUAAUUAAUACACUUGCUAUGGAAUCUGUAGAGAAGGCUAUUAU